GCUCUCGGUCAAUACUUGUCCCCAGUCGUGUUCUUGGACGUUGGCAAAGAAAUGCAGUCCACUACUCCUCCGGCAUUCAACCUCUUCGGAAACAAGGAUACUUCAUCAGACAAGAAAGAUGCUAGCACAUUGCCUGCGACUGGCCUCUUCGGCCUGAAACCUGCAACCGCGGCAGCUACUACCCCUGCAGUGUCAACACCACCAGCUAAUUUGUUUGGUGCAAAGAAUGCCUCCACAACCACGGCCCCUGCAGCGCCUGUGACCAACUUGUUUGGGGGUAAAUCCACAACCACCGCAACAACAACCGCACCACUAGGGCAAUCAUCCCUUGGGUUCUCUAAGGAGUCCGACAAGCCAAAAGAUGCAACCACCGCUGCCGCCACUUCAGUAGCAGUGCCUCCACCAUCGGCGCUCAGGGGGAAAACCAUCGAGGAAAUAGUAAACAAGUGGUCAUCUGAACUGGAAGUGCAUGUCCGAGAGUUCAACAAGUUCGCUGGUGAAGUCGCUGUAUGGGAUCGGGCCUUGAUGGAAAAUGGCAACAAUCUGGCUACUCUGUUUACUCACGCCCAGGCUGUGGAGCGGGAACAAAAUGACAUUGAUCAAGCUCUCGACCACAUCGAGCAACAGCAGAAGGAUCUCUCCGCGACGCUAGAUGCAUACGAGCGAUCUGCGGAAGAACUUUUCGGAGAAAGCGGCACUUUGCGGGCGCUCGAUACUGGACCUGCUGACACCGAGCGGGAUAAAAAUUAUAUGCUAGCCACAGAGUUGCAUGCUCACCUGGACGAUUUGUCUGGAUCGUUGACGCAGAUGAUUGAUUCGGUCAAUGCGCUAUCUUUAAUACCGAAUGGGUCACAAGGGACGGUUGGAAACGACGAUCCCAUGAUGCAGAUAUCUCAGAUCUUGAGCAGCCAUUUGGACAGCCUGCAGUGGAUCGAUGGGGCUGUGCGUGAAGUCGAGGGCAAGGUAAAUGAGGUGGAGAGGCGCGUGCGAGAAGCGGGUGGAGUGAACACGGUAACGGGAAGCGGAUCGACGAAGACUAGGGGCUUUGGGAUGAACCGGUGAACUUUAUCUCAGUGUCACUACUUACCUUCCACGGAGAUCCUAUAUGUAGAGCAUCUAGUGCUACGUUGCGAAUAGGAUUUUUUGCUUCAUUUCCUACUUACAUUGGUGCUGAAAUUUGAAACCGGC